AUGAGGUCGUCGUCUUCUCGCAUCCUUGGCGCCCUUGUGGUAGCGGCCUCGUUCGUGCCGUCUGUACUCUCGCAGGCCAACACGGCGGUGAAGUACACAGACUCGGCCACAGGCAUCGUCUUCGACACCUGGCCCGUCCCCAAUGGCGGCUCCCAGACCCAAGGCGGCUUCACCUUUGGCGUGGCUCUUCCCUCUAAUGCCCUCACGACCGACGCUAGCGAGUUCAUCGGCUACCUACAAUGUGCGUCUAAGGACUCGGUCAACAUGGGCUGGUGCGGCGUCUCUCUCGGAGGCCCUAUGACCAACUCGCUCCUCUUGACGGCUUGGCCGAAGGGUGACACCAUAUACACGUCCUUUCGCUACGCGACCGGAUAUGCCAUGCCAGACCUCUACACUGGAAACGCCAAGCUGACCCAGAUCUCGUCGAUCAUCAACGCCACGCACUUCACUUUGGUUUUCCGCUGCCAGAACUGUCUGCAAUGGAACCAGAACGGCCAGACAGGCGGCGCUUCCACCAGCGCCGGGUUCAUGGUCCUCGGGUGGGUGCAGGCGUUCUCUUCGCCAGGCAACCCGACGUGCCCCGACCAGAUCGCUCUGGAUCAGCACGACAAUGGUAUGAGCAUCUUCGGCGCGGUUCUAGACGGCAACGCCGCCAACCCGUCCUACUCGGCAUGGGCUGCGAAGGCGACAAAGACGGUCACGGGAACCUGCCAAGGCCCGACCACGACUGCCAUCGCCGCUGUUCCCGUCCCGACGGGUGUCACUUUUGACUACAUCAUCGUCGGUGGCGGCGCCGGAGGCAUUCCCCUGGCCGAUAAGCUGAGCGAGUCCGGAAAGAGCGUGUUGCUCAUCGAGAAGGGCCCGGCGUCUUCCGGCCGCUGGGGCGGUACCCUAAAGCCCGACUGGCUUGUUGGCACCAACCUCUCCCGAUUCGAUGUCCCAGGCCUGUGCAACCAGAUCUGGGUUGACUCGGCGGGAAUUGCUUGCACGGAUACUGACCAGAUGGCUGGGUGUGUUCUCGGUGGCGGCACCGCCGUCAAUGCUGGUCUCUGGUUCAAGCCGUACUCUCUUGACUGGGACUAUCUAUUCCCGGCCGGGUGGAAGUCACAAGACGUCCAGGCAGCGAUAAGCAGAGUCUUCUCGCGAAUUCCGGGCACAGACGCUCCGUCUACUGACGGCCAGCGCUAUCUGCAGCAAGGCUUCAACGUCCUCAGCGGCGGUCUGAAGGCGGCGGGAUGGAACCAAGUUGUCGCUAACAACGCCCCUAACCAAAAGAACCGCACCUUCGCCAACACUCCUUACAUGUACUCCCAUGGAGAACGCGGCGGCCCCAUGGCAACGUACCUCGUCAGCGCCAAGAGCCGGAGCAACUUCAGGUUGUGGCUGAACACGACUGUCAAGCGCGUUGUUCGCGACGGUGGCCAUGUCACUGGCCUCGAGGUUGAAGCUUUCAGGGACGGCGGAUACCAGGGAGUCGUAAACGUCACCAACGUCUCAGGGCGCGUGAUUUUGUCUGCUGGGACCUUUGGCAGUGCCAAAAUCCUGCUCAGGAGCGGCAUCGGUCCCAAGGACCAGCUAGACAUUGUCAAGGGCUCUGCCGACGGCCCGACCAUGAUUGACAACCAGUCUUGGAUCAAUCUGCCUGUGGGCUACAACUUGGACGACCAUGUCAACACCGACACUGUCAUCACGCACCCAGAUGUUGCCUUUUAUGACUUUUACGCCGCUUGGGCAACCCCGAACGCCACCGAUGCGAGCAACUAUCUUAAUCGCCGCACUGGAGUUCUCACCCAAGCCGCACCCAACAUCGGCCCGAUGUUCUGGGAAGAGAUCAAGGGAGCAGACGGGAUCGUACGGCAGCUGCAGUGGACUGCCCGGGUGGAGGGGAGCUUUGACACGCCAAAUGGACAUGCCAUGACGAUGAGCCAGUACCUCGGCCGCGGCGCCACUUCGCGCGGGCGCAUGACCAUCACCCCGGGCCUCGGUACUGUCGUGUCGGACGUGCCAUAUCUCAAAGACGCCAACGACAAGGCCGUGGUCAUUCAGGGCCUCGUCAAUCUGCAGAACGCGCUGAAGAACGUCAAGGGCCUGGUCUGGCAAUACCCCAACGCGACCACCAGCGCCGCUGACUAUGUCAACAACAUGGUGGUAUCCUACUCCAACCGGCGGUCCAACCACUGGAUGGGGACGGCCAAAAUCGGCACCGACGACGGGCGCGUGCCCGGCGGCUCCGGGUCCGCCGUCGUCGACCUCAACGCGCGCGUCUACGGCACCGACAACCUCUUCGUGGUCGACGCCUCCAUCUUCCCCGGCGUCCCCACCACCAACCCGUCCAGCUACAUCGUCGUGGCCGCCGAGCACGCCUCACAGCGCAUUCUGGCCCUGCCCCCUGCUGCUGCUGUCGCCCGCUGGGGCCAGUGCGGCGGCCUGCAGUGGACCGGCUCGUUCGUCUGCGCCGCGCCGUACAAGUGUGCGUACCAGAAUGACUAUUAUUCGCAGUGUUUGUGA